CAGUCGUAGUCAUAGUCAUAUCCAUUCUAUUAUUUUGAGUUUGAGCCAAUUUUCAUUUAAAAAUUUCCCCAAUUCAAAUACUAAAUUAUCAUUAAAAUGAAAAUCAACGAGAAGAAUUUGUGUGCUUAUGCGGUGUCGGCCACCCCGGUAGACAAAGAAGGCUUCCUGAACAAAAGGGGCGAAGUGAACAAAAACUUCCAGAGGCGGUACUUCGUCCUCAAAGGCAACUUGCUGUUUUAUUUCGAUAAAAAAGGCGACAAAGAGCCUUUGGGGGUGAUAAUCUUGGAGGGAUGCACCAUAGAAUUGGCCGAAGAGGAAGAUCAGUUUUGCUUCAAAAUUCUUUUCCACGGCGCCAACAACAGGAUUUACGUUUUGGGGGCGGAAUCGCAGGAAACAAUGGAGCAGUGGAUGAAGGCUCUAGCGUGCUCCAGCUACGAUUAUAUGAAAUUGAUGGUGGCUGAAUUGCAAAGGCAAUUGGACGACAUUGAAGAGACUCCGUUACCAGUGCAAAAUGUACCAAUAGCACCCCCAAGGACCAGACACAAUCCAUUCAACAAAACCGAAAACGCUGUUCCUCCUAGGCCUCAAAGUCAAAGGAAUCCGGUCAAUACCAGUGGCGAUCCGUCAAGAUUUUCGGAACCCAGCCCAGCGGCUCCCCAACCAAAAACCACCAUCACUUUUAGGGAAUUGCACAAUUCUUACGGGAGGCCGAUUCUUCAAGAUUUCAACAUUUGGAAACGCCAGCAACGCGAUAAAGAAGACAACGAAGUUGGAAAUCUUAUUACUUUUUAAUUGUUUCUUGUAAUCUCGCAUAUUAUAUGUAUACCUAAGACUUUUUUAGUAGUAAGUUACUUUAAAAAUGACAAAAAAAGUGAGAGAGGAGGUAGUAGUUAAACAAUAUUUUUCUUGUAUUGUUCAGUAUUUAAUUAUUAAUAAUGUUUAUGUUUAUUUAUUCUUGAAUCCUAUUUAAUAUAAACAAUUAAGGCGAAUUAUUCGCAUCUUGUAUAUUUUUCAAUGUAAUAAAAAAAUAUACCUAAAAUA